GUGUUUGCCUGGUGUCAGAGGUCAGAUCUCUUAAAGUUUUUGGUAUGUACUUCUGCCUAGCAUUUUCAGAAAUAUGGUUGAUGAUACACACAUUUAAAGCUUUCCUCUUCCUCUGUACUGCAAGCCCAGGCCUACAAAUCAAACAUUUCCCAAAAUUUCAGGCUCAGUAUUUCAGGCCAACAUUGUAUGUAAUGAUCAGAAUAAUCAGAUUUCCCUACACUGAACAUGUAUUAAAAUGUGUUAUGUAACUCAUCCUUGUCAUUUCUUACAUUUGACUUACUUUAUUUAAAAACAAAUCAGUCAUGGUCAGCCCACCCCCCUCUUGGCUGCUGCAGAAAGGUGGGAGGGACUAUCAAGUGGACAUAUAAGGUGAGACCUCAGAGGCACCAUGUACUCAGUUCUUCAAGAAAACACUGAAGAUUCCUCCUGCAUUUUUCUUUGUUUGUAAACUAGCUUUUUCAUUUGCGAAGAAUGGCUCCCAAGCGUGACAAGGAUCGCCGCAUCGUUUCCUGUCUGCAGUGUUUCAGACCACAGGAGCUGUUGCCUAACCACCUGUUAAGAGUCUGCCUGAAGAACCACACAAAUGAGGAGAGGAAUGCAGAGGUGGACAGAGCCAAAAAGUCGAUGAAGGCCUGGACCCUUCAAGGCAGAACCUGGGACUACAACGUCAUGGUCAGGCGGUACCCCGAUGAGGCUUCCAGACAGGCUCUUCUGGAAGACCUUCGUGACAUGCAUUUUUUAAUUCUUAAUGACCCCAUGGACACACCUGCUGAAUCCAGUCACAGACCACCAGGCGCUGCAGUUGAAACUUGCAACAAAAAACCUGCUCAGCCGACUCUCCAAGACUGCCAGAGAGUCCUCAGAGUGUCACAGAUGGACAUGCUGGACAUCCGCAGGAGGCUCCUGGAUCAGCAGCAUGUGGAAGAAGACCAAAAGACGCUGUUCCGUUACUUCUGCGAAGCCAUCCUGGUCCUGAGAUACUUCCAGCGACCAGAAGCAGUGAGGGCAUUUACAGCUUCAGAUUGGGUCAACAAGACACAUGUUGAGGGACGAAUCCGAAUGGGGGUCAGUGAACUGACAGCGUCCACAAAGAAGAGUGCAACAUUUUCCCUCGCAGUGGAGGACUCUGCUAUGCUGGACGCAUACUUCCAGAAGGUUCGUCCAGCAUGUCUGCAGGACAGUGUGGACGACCAGGGCAGAUUUUUCCUGUCCAAACAGGGCAUACCAGUUGGCAACGUUGCGAGCGACCUCAACCGUCUGCAUGAACAGUAUGAAUUACCAAGCUUUUCAAGCCAAGAAGUGAGAAGAGCCCACAGAUUCAGUACUUCGACAUGCUCUCCUUCUGAUGAGCCGGCUGAUGAGAGGAUAGGUCGGAAAAAGAAGCGAGGCAGAGGCGCAGCUGACCAGGAUGACAGGGACUUUGGAGCGUUUCUCCAGCACUUCCCGGCGACGGCGAGUAGCACCCCACCCACGAAAAAAAAACGGACCGCUGCAGGGUUUCCACCUGACAGAGUCUUUUAUGACAGGUGGAGGUCUGUGCAGUUUGCCAAGCGGGAGGAGCACCUCUUGUCCCAGUGUUCGAGACGGCCCCCGACAGUCAGCAAGGUGUCAUUGCUCAUCCAAAAAGAGGGUUGGACUGCCAACUGUCCUCGCCCCGAGAACGUAGUGGCAAAGUGGAAACCAGUCAGUAGGGUGCAGGUGGAGACGGAUCCAUGGAUCCUCACUACGCUCCAUAGUCAAAAGUGGACAGGCCUGGCCCUCAAGGACUUUGGUGGCACAAAAGGACAUGGAGUUGUUGCCACCAAAGCCUUUUCCAUGGGAUCCAUUGUUUGCGAUUACCAUGGCAAGGUAAUCACAGGAGCAGAGGGCCGGAAGAUGAUGGAGUCCAUCCAGGAUGAGAUGGGCUACCUUUUCUUUUUCCAUGGUGGUGGUCGGGACCUCUGCGUAGAUGCUCAGACUUUCCCGUGUGGGUGUCACCCAACAGAAGACACCAUGGGCCGGAGGAUCAAUCAUUCCUCCAAGAAGGCAAACCUGAGGCCAGUCUAUUGCAGGAUGAACUUCCCUGAAGGAGAGAGGGAUGUCAUCCUGUUGCAGGCCACAAGAGACAUUGAUAUCUGUGAGGAGCUGCUUUUUAAUUAUGGCGUCAAGCGCACAUCUUUUCGGGGAGAAGGACUGAACCUCGACUGGCUGGAUGAGUGAACAAAAUGCCAUUCAUUCAACACUCUUGCAAUAAUAUCUAUAUACACAGCAUGUUGUAUGCACAUUGCAAUUGUUUUUAACUUGACACUUAUCUUAAUUUUAUUAUGUACAUAACAGUGUCUUUGAUUUUUUGUUAUCUCCCCUGUACAUAGCAAACAAUAAAGAUUCGACUAUAAGCACUGUAA